GACAGGGGGCGUGCCGAGGCGCGUGCACAGCAGAAAGAUGGCUGAAAGGAGAGAGAAACAGUAAAUAAAGUCUAAAACCUGUCAGAAGGUCGAAGAACCGAGAGCAGAACCGAACCUGGACCUGCUGCGGCCCGAAGCUGCCGGAAUUCACCGGGAGCUGCCGGAAACUACCGAACCGAACUUCUCCAUGAAAGGCAGCAGAAGCUCCACCUGAUCUGCUGCUCUGAUUGGCUGAUUUCUUCCUGGAGGCGGAGCAUCACCUGAUCCUGCUGCUAACUUUGUACUUUGAUUAGAAACUUCUCAGUUCUUAUGCUCUGUUUUCUCAAACCUCCAGUCGGCCGCUGGUACUGAACCCAGUUCUGGUUCUGGUUCUGCUGGAGGUUUCUUCCUGUUAAAGAGGAGUUUUCCUCUCUGCUGUCGCCCCCUGCUGGUUCAGGUGGAGUGAUGCUGUGGGUCAAUGACUCCAUGUUCUGCUGCGUUUCCUCAGAAACUUUAUGAAUAAUAAACUGAGUUUAAUGCAUCGAUUUAUAACGAGGAUCAGAGGAUUGAACUGAAACCAUUCAUUUAUAAAGAACAGCUGAACUGAACUGAACUGAACUGAACUGAACUGAACUGAACUGAAUUGAACUGAACCAGCAGGCUUGAUGUUCACCAGAGACCGGGUUUGGUCUCCUGAACCUUCAGGUUAAUAUUUCAGUUGAACCGGGUCUGUGUAUAUUCAGACAGUUAUUUUAUUCUUGUCCUUUCAGGUUCUGUUUCAGGUUCUGUUUGUUUUCAUACCUUUGCAGCUUGUAGAAUGGAUCACUGAAGGUUCUGAUUCUGGGCCUUUCACCAGAACCAGACCCAUUACAGCUGCUGCAGGGGCCCUGAUGUGGAUCAGAACUUUCUGUGCUGAUACCUCUGAAAACGCUUUUUAAGGUUCUGCUGGUACUUAAAGUUCUUCAGUACCCGGCCCAGUUGUCAGGUCUAUAUUUCUACUACUGGUUCUUCAGACCCAUCAACAGACCAGCUAGUUCUGGUUCUGGACCUAGAAGUUCAGAGUGAAUGAUCUUGAGGGUCUUUCAGGUUCUGAACCAGAACCAGUCUGGGCAGUUCUAGACUCUGAGCCCAUCAGAACCAAUUCCAGAACCGACCAGAACCUCCUCAAGACUCACAACGAUGAUGAUGAUGAUGAGCCUGAACUCUGGUGACCUUUAGAUGUGUCUCUGCUUCAGCACACCUGAGUCACAUCAUGACGUCAUUAUGACGUUGGACUCAGCUGUUUGAAGCGAGUUGGACCCGGGAGAAUUCCGGCCAACCCGUGUUAAGAUUCGAGCGAUGAAGAAAACGUCACUACGGUCACGUGACGCGUCGCUUCAUAUUUGGCUAUCGCACAUGGCCGCUGGACUUCCGGCACGGCUCGGUGCAGCUUGCAGGUGAGUUGAGCUCAGGUGAAGCAGUUGAUGGGUAAGAACCUGAACCCACGUUCGGAAAGGGACGGGUUAAUCUAACAACAUUUUAAAUUAGAAUAUUGUUUUUAAUCAGAACAUUUUGAUGACUGAAAUGUUGGUUAAUUGCUGAAAACCUAAAAGUCCAGAAGAAUAAAACUCAGUUUCCUGCAAGUGAAGCAGCUUCGGCGGCUUCCUCUUCCGGUUCUGGUUCCGUUGGAUCUGACCUUUACUGAAAAGAUUUGAGUCGAAGUUUUGGAGAACCGCCAGCCUGUCUGGUCCCGAACCUUCAUGAAGAUGAUGUGAUGAUUUCAGCCUGUGGAACUUCACAGGUUCUGUUCUUGGUUCCGUGGUUCCGGUCCCACAGCGUCAGCCUGAGGUGAUGGACGCUCGACUCCAGAUGGAGGAGCUUCUGGCUCUGGUUCUGCAGCGGAUCCACAUGGAGGAGAGCAGCAUGGCUGUGGAGCGAGAAUGCCUGAGCGUGGUGCAGAACCUGGAGGCGGUGAGGCGGAGCUGGCAGCGGGCGGAGGCAGAGCUGAAGCGCUUCAAGGAGCUGCUGGUGAAGUCGGACGUGGCCAAAGCAGCUCUGGAGAUCCAACUGAAACACGCCCGGAACCAGGUGGACGUGGAGAUGAGGAAGCGGCACAAGGUGGAGGCCGACUACCAGCACCUGGAGAGGCAGAUGCAGCUCAUGUGUGACAUCCUGGUCCAAGACGGAAAGUUCAACGUUUCUCUGAACGAUGACCAGAAAAACCUCUUAGCAAAACUCAACCAGCAAGGAGCCAACGCCACACUGCGCCACAGCACCAAGAGCAGGUUGUCUGUCAUCGACGAGUCGUCCUUCCUAUCCCACUCCGACAUCAGCUACGACCGCACCGAAGACUAUGUGGACCUGGACACCACGCUGAUCAAACCUCUGAGGUCUCGAGCCCGAGAGCGGAGGCGCUCCUCUAUGGGUCAGCCAGUCGGAGGUCCAGUGGCGAAGUGGAGCAGAAUUGGGAAUGUGUCUGCAGAGAUCCAGGAGAGGAGAACAGUUGAGAAGGAAGUGGAAACCAUCGUGAAGGCAUCCGUGGCGACUCCAGAUGCAGGCGGACAGAACCACGUGGUUCUGGGAAUCGCACAGGUUUGUCCCGAUGACCCGGCUCGCUCCGCCUCCCAGGAGGGGGCCGUCUCCGUUCGGGCCGCAGGAGGAAGAGAUCAAACGUCUUUGUGGAGCUCCAGCAAUGAGAAAUCGGUGGAGCUUAACGCUCCUGUGGAGGACAGAAACGUUCCGGUUCUUCAAAAAUCCUUGAGACACGAGUUUCUGUCUAAAACGGUGAUCCGACCAGAGACCUGCACGCCAUGUGGGAAGAGGAUUCGCUUUGGGAAAGUGGCUGUAAAAUGCAGGAACUGUCGGCUUGUUGCUCAUCCAGAGUGCAAACAGAAUUUCCCCAACAGCUGCACGUCCUCCAGCGGAGUGACAGGAGGUGGACCUCUUAAGAACUCUCUGGAAGCUUUUGCUCCUUUGACCCAUCCCAGAGUUCCUCAGGUCAUCUUGGACUGCGUGGCUGAGAUUGAGCGGAGGGGUCUUCAUGAGAGAGGCCUGUAUCGGGUUCCUGGGGGAGAGCGUCCAGUGAGAAAUCUCAGAGAUCGGAUCCUUCAGGGGAAGCCUUCUCUGAUGCUCAGUAAAGUUCAGGACAUCCAUGUAGUCUGUGGGGUCCUGAAGGACUUCCUGAGGAGGCUGAGGGAACCCCUAGUCACUUUCAGGCUACACAGGAUCUUCAUGGAGGCUUCAGAGCUGGAUGAGGACAAUGGUUCUGCUGUCCUGUACCGGGCCGUAUCCGAGCUGCCGAAGGCCAAUAGAGACACCCUGGCUUUCCUCAUGAUUCAUCUCCAUAAGGUGAUGAGGAGUCCGCAGUGCCAGAUGGACCAGAACAACUUGGCCAGAGUGUUUGGACCGACCAUAGUGGGUCACAGCAUCGCUGAGCCGUCUCCAACAACCAUCAUGAAAGACACUACCAUUCAGCCAAAGGUUGUCUACUGCCUGUUGUCCAUUCCUGAAAACUACUGGAGACAAGUCCUCACCGUGGGGACGGACCAGAACCCGUCUCCAUCCUCCUCUAGUCGAUUGUUUCAGCCAUUGACGUCUCCAGAGCUAAAGAGCAUCUACAGAAUGACCAGCCCAGGUUCUGUGCGAGAAACAAUCGGAAACCUGGGGAACAACUUCAGCACCACAGAUGGAGUGAAGCCUGGAAGGAAGUUCUUCACUUCACCCUAUUGACCAACAAUAAGUACUGACCCAAGCCUCUUUGCAAAAGAUACCAUCAUUUCACCAUAAAAAAUACAUUUAUUAUGAAAUAUGCCACCAGAAAUGGAAAAUAAGUGAAGCUUUUCAGCUCUUGACUUGACCUUCUCUACAAAACAGAACUUCUUUCAGCUGGGCUUAGCUGGACCAAGUGGCCAUUAACUAAGACAAACUGGAUGGCUUUUCCAGGAUGUUCUGACCAGUUGUCUUAUAAACUUUUCAAACUUAUUUCUAAACCAAGAAUAAAUCUGGAAGUAUUUGACUUGAACUUUUAAUCUAGAUGAUGUUUACAGAAAACUAGAUUUUCCUGAAUGUGAAAUGAAAAAUGUUAAAUAAAGCUUUGGUCUU